UCACCUCUGAAGCCGUCUGACUUGACAUACACGGCGAUCUUCGAGGGAAAAGUGUUGCUGUAAAAAAAAAAAAACACGACUAUAAGCUGAGCAGGAGCUCUGUCAGCCCCCCCCCCCAAAGAAAAACAAACCGAGUGAGAGAACCGGAACCGCAGCAGGACCGUCUUCUUCUUCUUCUCGGACAGGAGCAGCAAACAUGGCGGAGCUGAGGCACCGAGGAGCCAGAGACACCGAGGACAAGGGCUCUGACAGCGAGCUGAAGGUGGAGAAAGAUGGCGUGUCAGACAGUGAAACCAAAGUGGACUCAGGGGUCCCAGAUGUCCAAGUCCCUGCUGAUGACACGCCCGAGGUUCUCAACAAGGCCCUGUCUGGACUCUCCUCCAGAUGGAAGAAUUGGUGGGUCCGAGGCAUCCUGACCCUCGCCAUGAUCUCCUUCUUCUUCCUCAUCAUCUACCUGGGCCCCAUCGUGCUGAUGAUGAUUGUCCUCUGUGUUCAGAUCAAGUGCUUCCAGGAAAUCAUCACCAUCGGUUACAGCGUGUACCACUCGUACCACCUGCCCUGGUUCAGGACACUGAGCUGGUACUUCCUGCUGUGCGUGAACUACUUCUUCUACGGUGAGACGGUCACAGAUUACUUCUUCACUCUGGUGCAGAGGGAGGAGCCGCUGCGCAUCCUCAGCAAAUACCAUCGCUUCAUCUCCUUCGCCCUCUACCUCACAGGUUUCUGCAUGUUCGUGCUGAGUUUGGUGAAGAAGCACUACCGUCUACAGUUCUACAUGUUUGGGUGGACCCACGUGACCCUGCUGAUCGUGGUGACUCAGUCUCACCUCAUCAUCCACAACCUGUUUGAGGGCAUGAUCUGGUUCAUCGUGCCCAUUUCCUGCGUCAUCUGUAACGACAUCAUGGCCUACAUGUUUGGCUUCUUCUUCGGCCGCACCCCUCUCAUUAAGCUGUCACCCAAAAAGACAUGGGAAGGAUUCAUUGGGGGGCUCUUUGCCACCAUCGUGUUUGGCAUCAUGCUCUCCUACGUCAUGGCCGGCUGGCGUUACUUUGUGUGUCCCGUGGAGUUCAACAACGACUCCAACAGUUUCCAGGUGGACUGCGAGCCGUCGGAGCUUUUCCAGCUGCAGGACUACGCUCUGCCCAGUGUCUUGGAGUCCCUCACAGGAUGGACCACGGUGCGCCUCUAUCCGUUCCAGAUCCACAGCAUCGCUCUGUCCAGCUUCGCCUCCAUCGUGGGACCUUUCGGCGGCUUCUUUGCCAGCGGCUUCAAGAGAGCCUUCAAGAUCAAGGAUUUCGCCAACACUAUCCCGGGUCAUGGUGGCAUCAUGGACAGAUUCGACUGCCAGUACCUCAUGGCCACGUUUGUGAAUGUCUACAUCGCCAGCUUCAUCAGGGGCCCAAACCCCAGCAAGGUGAUCCAGCAGCUCCUGGCCCUUCGGGUGGAUCAGCAGCUCCACAUCUUUAACUCCCUGAAGACCCACCUGACAGAGAGGGGGCUCCUGCCGGCUCUGGAGGAGGCUGCCGCCUAAGACCAUACCCCCACACACAAGCUCACCGCAAGACCAGAGAGGAGGGCGGCACCUGAGGGGGGGGAGGGGGGCCCUGUGCAGCUUUGGAGAUUUUUUUUGCGAGACUCACAGCGCUUCGAGUGAGCUACAACUCAUCUGAGAAAAACGGGGGGGGGGGGGGCACUUUAAAAAAACCACAACCUUGGGUCAUUCCAUUUGCUGCGGGUCUGAGAGUGGAGCGUGAACGAUGUUUCUGACACCAGUGUGAAUUACUGUUACUCAUCAUAGCCAAUCAGCUACCUGUACACGGCAUCACCUCUCUAUACUUCUUAUCGUGUGUUGAUAUUUGUCUUUUUGUUUCUGUUCAGUUUGAAUGCACUGCUCUCAGCCCUGUGCCUCACUGUAUUUUUACCCCAGGUGACCCCCCCCCCCGGACUCCUCGCUUAAAUUAAGUUUUAGUUUUCUUCGUUGUGAUGGAUUCUAUUUAUACAUAGAUGGUUUUUAUAUUUGGUAUGUUCUAUUAUAUCUUAAAACUGUGUCUGCUUGUAUCAGACUGAAUUCACCCUUUGCCAUCAGCCACAUUUCAGUGUCUUUUUUUGUUUUUCUUCAUCAUUUCAAGUCGCCCGUUUUAUGACAUCGUUUGUUUAUCGAGCAGACAGCGACGUCCUCAGAUGAGCAGCGUAGUGACCCCCGUAGAAUCUCAUGAGUACAGAAUCCAGCUGGGCACUUUGAAGCGUGCUGAGUGCUCAGCGGAAAGUUUUGUUGUGUUUGACGAUGGACGCAAGCAACUAUUUAUCUCUCCCCCUCACCUGGUCGCUUCAGUUUCAAUAGCAAGAGCAGAAAGAUGAGAUCACAGUAACAGAGGUUUUUUGUCACACAUGUUCAGUGAGGUGGAUGGGACAGUAAGAAGGAGGGACGAGUGAUGGGGUCUACACGGUGCAUUUUAACCUACAACAUGACAAUCUGAUGUAGAUACGGUGUUAGUUUAUACUAUCAGUCAGAGUUUAAGAUGGUUUCCAGCUGGAUUCUGAUGCCACCCGCCAAUGAUUAUUGUCUUUAAAGGUCACAUAUCCGCCUCCUCUUCAGUUUAAAUAAGUCUCAGAGCUCCUCAAAACAUGUGUG